UCGGUUGAGAGUUUGUAUGAGGUAAAUAAAGCAAUAACAAUAUAGCUUAAUUUCAAUCAAAUGUACUCUAAAAAUUUAAGUGGAGCAAUUUUAAAUAAUAUUAGAUUAUAGUAAUACUUUAUUAUAAAGUACUGAGAGUCGCUCUCUAGUAUUGGAGCUCACAUUUAGGGUCUUUCUUUUAUAUGAAUACAAGGCGAUGAGCAAAAAUAUUAUCCUUACUUUCCAAGCUAUGCAGGUCUGUUUCUGAAGAUGCUGAAGAAACAAUCUUAAAUAACAAAAUCUUCAGUGAAGUCACUAUCACACCAGUUCAUCUAUAAAUACUGUGAAGAAGUCAAACAAGCAGCUGCUGUCACAACACAUUCAACUACUCUACUAUUCUGAUCCACUGUUGUAAUGAUGGAGUGUGUUAAAGAGGAGACUGAUCCUGAAUCAUUUACAAAAACACCUCAACAUACUCAACAACAAAGAGACUUGGUAGAAGAGAAAGAGGAAGAUGAAGAACGCAAUGAAGAGAAGGAUGAACAUCAGGAUCACAAUUUUAUGACUGACAGCUGCUCAGAAACUGAUGAGACUUCCCUUCAAGAAAGUGUUGAUGCCAAAAUUGUUUUUGAAUGCCAUCUUUGUGGUAAGACUUUCUCACAAAAAACGUACCUAAAGUAUCACCAAAGGAUUCACACUGGUGAGAGGCCUUACGCAUGCUCCCACUGUGAAAAGACUUUCAUCCAUAAAAGCCAUCUUAAUAAUCACAUGAUAAAUCACACUGGUGAGAAACCCCACGCAUGCUCCCAGUGUGAGAAGACUUUCCUCCAAAAAUAUCAACUUAAGUACCACAUGAUGAUUCACGCAGGUGAGAGGCCUUUUGCCUGUCCUCAUUGUGAUAAACGUUAUAUUAAUAAAGGAAGUCUUAAUGUUCACGUAAAAACUCACAGUACUAAAAGGCCGUACAUCUGCCAUCAAUGUGGAAAGAGUUUCACAUUUAAAGGAACUCUUAAGAGUCAUAUGAUAACUCACACUCACACAAAGCCUUUCUCUUGCUCUCACUGUGGAAAGAGUUUUUUACGUAAGGGACACUUAAAAUCUCAUGUGAAAAUCCACACUAGUGAAAAGCCGUACACCUGCUCUCAUUGUGGAAAGAGUUUCUCAUUUAAAUCGAAUCUACAGGAGCACAUACGGGUUCACACUGGAGAGAAACCUUUCACAUGCCCUCAGUGUGAUAAGAGAUUUAAACAUCAAGGAGCUCUUAGGUAUCACAUAAGAAUUCAUACAGGUGAGAAACCUUACGCGUGCCAUCUGUGUGAUAAGACUUAUACACAAAAAGAAAGUCUUAGGUAUCACAUACGAGUUCAUACAGGUGAGAAGCCGUACUCGUGCCAUCUGUGUGAUAAGAGUUACAUACAAGCACAAGGUCUCAGAGUUCAUCUGCGCUUUCACUUGAAGGAAAGGCCGUUUAGCUGCGAUCAGUGCGAUAAGACGUUUGUUGCAGCAGCGCAGCUAAAAAGGCACCUACUGACUCAUUCAGAUGAGAGGCCGUAUUUGUGUUCUGUUUGUGGGAAGGGGUUUAUAUGUGUCGGGACUCGUAAUAGGCACCAGAAGGAACAUGAAGGUCUGAGAAACCAUGUGUGCUCUGAGUGUGGAAAAGCCUUUAUGAACAUCUCAACCCUAAGGCGGCACCAAAAGAUCCAUAAAGAAAAACCCUAAAACUCUCACAGAGAAAACUGCUGUCUGCAAAGAUCAACUUCAGUCUUCAGGUCCAAGCACAAUGAAAUGCAGAUAAACCUCACAACUGAAUUACUCCAAAAAUAAUUAUUUCAAUGCAUUAUCCAGAGAAGGGCUCCUUGAUAGGCAGCCUUGGGCCAAAUCCGGCCCACAAGAGAUAAAGGUUUGGCCCCAUAAACUCAAAUAUCAUUGUAAAGGAUUGCUAUGACAAACUUUGUCCCAACAUUAGAGGUAUGAAUUGAGUAAUAGCUCUUUACUCGCAAGCUACACAAAUGCGCACAUACAGAUCGACAACUUGUGCACACAAAAUUUUCCCUCAUGUCUUGACCGGACAAAUACACAAAACAAUCUCUGCAAGUAUUCUUGUGAAAACAAGUAUUUAUCUCCUGAAGUAAACAUAAUUAGUUGAGAAAGAAAUUAGAUUUUUAAUGACAUAUGGCUCAGUGCAGAACUCACUCGUAAAAUGAAAGUUUUUAUAAUUUUUAAGGCUAUUAUUUUAAUGUGUAUUUAAGUACUUACAAAGAACUUUAAAGGUAUAUCGGAAGAUUUUACUGAAUUAUUUAAAAGAUCCUCCUCUCCACUUUAAAAAAAAAAGCACGGGAGAGAGAGCAUGCAGGAGCCUAGUUCUUCUCUUCGCUCUGUUAACAAGUUGCUGUCGGCAUAUUUACCGUGUCUGUGUGGUUCGUGAGUGACUUGUGCCAGGGCUAGCAUCGCUAAUCAUAGCUUACAUCAACUUUUACGAGCAGUGAUUUUAAAUGGAUUUUUCCGAAUAGCAUGACAAACUUUACCUGUCGAGUACAAACUUCGCGUGGGAAGCCCAACCUGUGCUUUUAGUGCACGCCAGCGUGUGAAAUAGUCUCCCAAAAACACUCUGGUCUUGUUUCUUUCUUCAGAGGCCUUUCUCUUCUUGUCAUACAAUUCGUAAACACUUUUUCUCUUGCGACCCUCAGACAUUUUGAAAAAAAAAACACAGUGAGAACGCGAGCUUCAAUGAAUGGUUGAAACCGUAACCCACCACACAUAUACACCUAAAAGUGUGCAUGUGCAGAAAGCAAACCUAGGGACGAGUAUGAUGGUUAUACGUCAACAUAUCAGAAUAAUUGACAACUGGAAUGACCAAUAAUCUAGAUGAUCCACCCGUAAAAAGAAAAUCUUCCGCUAUAUCUUUAAAGGGGACAGAGAAUGAAAAACCAUUUUUACCUCGUCUUUGUUGAAUAAUGGUAGUUUACCCGCAUUCACAAACAUACAAAAAGUGCUAGACAUGCUAAACAUCUCAGUCUUAUAGAAAUUCCUCUUUUAGAAAUGUCAGCCAGAAAACGGCCCAAUUUGAAAAACUGAUGCUUAUGACAUCACAGGCAUCUCACUGCCCCGCCUCUUUAAAAUAAUUGGCAACCUUUUUUGAGUGGCAGCAAAGUCAGCCAAUCAGUAAUGAGAUUGCAAGUUAAGCCAGUAAGGGGAGCCAAAUAGGUGCAAAACCACUUCUUUAAAAUCCCCCACCCUAAUAGAGCUAUCUGAGAGAGGUUUUUAGGAAGCUUCUAAGGCAUUACAGACCCAAACAAAAAAUUUUUUGUCUACAUGUCACAUCACAGAACAAGGAUAAAUACCCUGUUCAAUCAUUCUAUGUCACCUUUAAAUUAUUUAAGUAUUAAUGCUUAAGUAUAAAAUGGAAAGCAAAUUUUUAUUUGCCCCCAUAUCUGUUUUUCUCAUUGGAAAAAUGCUUAAUGGCAAUCCGUGACUGGAAAAAUUUAGAUUUUUUUCAAAGCAAUAAAACAAACAAUUAAUCCUCAUAAUUGCUAAAGCCCUAAAACAGUCUUUUUAAAAUAGUUUAUUUAUAUAACAAGCAAAAUAAACAACAUGUAGAUUACCUAGGAAACCAAAACAUUUGUUAUUUUCGACGAGGUAUUUGUUCAAGAGUUCAGUUUAGAAACUAGUCAGACCAUUAAACAAACUAAAAACGGAGGUAAAGUUCUGACCAGACGCAUAAUCGCAUCACCGCAUGUGCGUUCGAUUGAAGUGUCUCAACUCAUGGUGGCCAAAGUGCUUUCAAUAAAACAAGCAUGGCAAUCCAGAUUUAUUUUCCGUUAAAUAACAUCAUUAAAUACAGCAACAAUAGCAGAGCUUACAUUGUGAUCAGUGUCCCUUGGCUUUGUAUUAUUGGCGAUAUUUGGCCUAUGGUGAAAACUAAUUGAGGAACCCUGAUUUGCAGUAUGUUGUUUAAAUGGAGUGACUUUUUUAU